AUGGAUGGAGCAUCGUCCAUAUCCACAAUUGAUCAAAAGAUGGCUGAAAUGCGCAUAAAAAAUUUGGAACUACUUAAACGUCAUCAAGAAAUCGAAGAAGACCGACAACUAGCAAAACGAUCAGGUGCAGUCACAACACUAACGAAAGUUGAAUCGACAGAAGAAUCGACAAUAGCAAUGCGUGGUACAACAAAAAAUCGUGGUCGAAACAUAGUAGCUCAACAAAAUUUUCAGAAAAAUCCAUACGAACAAUCACAUCGACCACCGGUGCGACGAAAAUUCGAAAAUGAUCGUACUGAUGUUCAACCACAACGUGUUCAACGAGUUGAUUACAAUCGUUUAAAACGUGAACGAGCUCAAGAAGUUGUUAAUCAACAAUACAGUGAUAGCUCCAUCAAUCCUGAAUUACUAGAAUAUGCAUAUCCAUUUUGUCAGCGAUCAGAAAAUCAUCAUGAUGCCGACGAACCGGCACAUGCAAACAAAAUUGUCAUUAUAAACACUCAAGCUACUCGUGCUGGCAGUGGAAGUUUUAAUCAACAACAGCAACGAAUUCAAGAACCAGGACAACGUCGACGAGAAGAGAGAAUGCGUCGAUCAGCAAUGCAUAAUAAUGGUUAUUCAGGAGAGAACUCUGAGUUUCAUUUAGAUAUGCCCCAAAUACCAAUGUGGCAAAAUAGUUCACUACCACCUCCAAUUCAUGUACAACUCUUGCCAACAAAUCUUAAUGGUCAACAUUCAAGCAUGGAUCAUUUUAUUAAUAACGGUGGUGAUCAACUGGAUCAAUCUAUGUAUCCUCAUAAUUUUAUGUAUCCAUCACCAGCUCAAUCUUCAUCGUUUAACGGAAAUGGUCCUAUUUAUUUUGCUCAUCCACCUUCACCUAUGUCUAGUGGUCCACCGUCUUCACAAACAUCGCAAUCUCAUUUUCAUCAAUAUAUUCCAACACGUACAUUUGAAAAUUCUAAUCGUCAUCAAUUUCAUCAUCCAUCUCAAUUUCAACCAUCAUCCAUGUUUCAACCUCCUGUUCUUCCUCCUACACAAUUAUCAACUCCCUCAUCUUCAACCUCUCAUAUACAUCAAGAACAAGAAGAUUCGUGUGUCGAUUUACCACCACGAUUUCGUCGUCUGCAACAGACAGAUCAAGAAAAUCAAUAUUCUAAACAACGUCCAAUGUCGGGUGAUUUCGAACAUUUACACAAUUCUUCGUCACGCUUAAGUAAUGAUAAUCGUUUUCAAUCACGUCCACAAUCAUUUUAUGAUUUUUCAUCUCAACAACAAGCGAAUAAUAACUUUUUUCGUUCAUCAAAUCAUAAUAAUCAUUAUCAAAGAAAUAAUAACAACAACCAUAAUAAUAAUAAUAACAAUAAUAAUAAUAAUAAUAAUAAUAAUAACAUUCUUCCACUUGCUGCAUAUUUGAAUACGAACGAUCGUUCAUAUCAAAACGAAAAUAUCAAUAAUCAUAAUUAUUGGGGAACAUCAUAUCAACGACGACGGACAACAAAACCACGAACAUAUCAUCAAGAUAAACAUCAAUUUCCCUUAUCAUUAUAUGAUCCUCGUCAAUAUGGUUUUGACAAUAAUUAUCAACGAAAAAAUGAUUCGAAUAAUCGACCAAAAUUAAAUCGACAUAACAUCAAUAAUUCUGCAGUAAAUGAUUCCAAUGAUAUUGAUCUUAUUGAAGAAUGGUGGGAAGAUGAUAAUACUGAAUUAAUAGGAACUGAUCAAUCAACAGCUAAUAUUGAUUCUCAAAUAACCACAGCAACAAAAAAACUAAUAACAGCUACAGUAGAUGAUAGUGGAAAUAGUUCAUUAUCGACAAGUAUACAUUUAAAAGAAUCUAUACUAGAUGACGAUGACGAAAAUAAUACAUCAACAAAUGAUUUUAUUAGUCCACCAUCGGAUGUAUCCACAACAGACAGUAACAUUAUUGAAUCACUUGAUCAACUUCAACAGCAACUGAAAUUAGAAGAAGACGUAGAAAAACAAUUAGCAUUAGAAAAUGAUUUCAUUGAUAAUGAAUUUUUAUCAUUCAAUAAAGAACCGACGACAUAUGAUACAGCUCAUUUUUUGCAAUGGGCAAAAGAAAAAUUUAGAGAGGAAUUAGCAGUUCGUCUUACAGCUCAGGAAAUUGAACAACAUGACGCUGUAACAACGGACGACGACGACGAUGAUGAUGAUAAUAUUGUUGUAACUAGGAAUGUUAUUUCUGAAAAAUUCCAUAUUGAUCAAACAACCGAUGAAGAUCAUGAUAAUCAUUUUGAUAGUAGCACUGAACUCGAAGAUGAUCUUCAUGCUAAAUUAACAAUCGAAGAAGAUACAACGAAAUCAGUUGUUGUUGAAUGA